AAAGAUAUUGAUUUCGAUUUUAGACCAGAUAAAGAACCGGCUAGAAUUUUUACUUCCGAAGAAAUUGCAAAAUUUGAUGGGUCUGAUCCGAGUCAACCGAUAUAUAUGGGUAUAAAAGGUGUUGUCUUUGAUGUCUCAUCAGGUAAAAAUUUUUAUGGUAAAGGAUCUUCAUAUAACGCAUUAGUUGGGAAGGAUUCAACUCGAGGUGUUGCGAAAAUGUCUCUUGAACCAGAAGAUUUAACACAUGAUAUUACAGGAUUAAGCUCAGAGGAACUAAAAUCUUUAGAUUCAGUAUUUGAAGGUACCUAUAAAGCUAAAUAUCCAGUCGUUGGCUAU